AUGAUGGAACAUGCUGGACUGGGAAAGAGCUACUGGGGUGAAGCAGUGAUGGCGGCGAUGUUUCUUCGAAACCGCUGUCCAACACGUGCCAUCCACCAAGACAAGCCUCCAUAUCAAGUGUGGACGAUGAAGAAACGGAUUCUGGCCAAGCUCAAAGUGUUUGGAUGCCACGCGUAUGUUCAAGUGCCUCAAGGCAAACGCGCGAAGUUCGACUCCAAGUCAUCACUCUGUCGUUUCCUGGGGUACGCCGAACACCAGAAGUCAUAUCGAUUCGAGGAAGUGUCAACAGGAGCGAUCGAGAUCAGUCGCGAUGCCACGUUCAUGGAAGACAAGUUUGAUGAAGGUCCGCGCAACUACAACGAUGAGUCAAGUACCGUUGAGUUUGAUGAUCAAGACGAGAACGAAGAAAAAGAAGAAGGUAAAACUGACGUCGACAUGACUUCGAGCGACGAUGACGACGAAGACACCAGGUCUUCGAAGAGCAACAUCGAGAGACACACGCGCACUCAAUCGCUUGAGAAAGGUACCGUCAUUCCAAGUCCCAAGCGAAGAACGUACAGAGGUCCGUCGCUUGAGCAUGUGUCAGCUGCUGCGACGGAUUUUGAAGCAGUCUACAUCGUUGAUUCAGUGGGGGGAAUGCCGACUACAUUCAAGUCGGCGAUGGAAUCAAGCGACUCCGGCAAGUGGAAAGAAGCGUGUGACUCGGCGUUCGACUCGCUUCAGAGAAACGACACGUGGGAGAUCGUGCCUCUUCCGAAAGUUCGCAAUGCCAUCGGGUGCCGAUGGGUGUUUCGUGUCAAGGAGAAUUAA